AGAGAAGCUUUUAGGCACAGCUCAAGAUAUCAGCGCCCUCUACUUCAGAGGAGAGAAUUUUUUGUUUAUUUUUUAUCUAAAAUAUUAUACGGACAAACUAAAUCUUUGAAGUCAGUAAGUACAUUGUUUUAAAACGUAUUGUAAGAUUUAUCAAAUAUCUGAAUUAGAAGUCUCGAUCGUGCUAUAUAGGUCACAAGUUAAAAUUUUAUAAAUUCAUAUAUCCCGAGAAGACUUGCCAGUGAUAAACUAGCAACUAAGUAAACAUUCUUCAAUAUUUUCAGUGGUAAAUUAGGAAUCGAGAGUUUGGCCCGGAUUGCGGAAUAAAUGAACAACAUGGAAGUAGAUGUACCCUCGGAAGAUCAUGUGCCGAGUCGUCUGAAGAGAUCAAAUAGUGCGCCAAUGCUAAACUUCAUUCAGCCAACGACGACAGUGAAAAAUAAUAUUUCUACCUCUAAUCUAUCAAACUUUGACGGCCAAUCAUUCACUAUAUAUAGGGGUAAUUUGUUCAAUUCAAAAACUCUUCAAGAUUCGCAAAGAAUCAGACGCUACAGCACAAGUCAUUUGUCAGUAAAUUCUCCAACGACUCCAAUCAAAAAUAGAUUGACGCAAAUAAAGCAAGAAGAGAGUUUAACGCCAAUAACAAGAGAAGUGCAGCAUGAAAGAAAUGUUCAUGUGCAAAUGCAAAUGUCACAUUCUUGUGAAGAUUUGUCAUUGUGUGACAAAGAAGAUGGAAAGUGCCGACCAAAAUCCUUAACGGAACAGCUGCACAUUACAACUACUUUGUAUGCCAGUUCUCCAUCUCCCACCAGGAGUAUGUUAGCAGGAAAACAAUGUUUUUCGCCAUCUCAACAACAAAUUGUUCCUAGUCCUUUGCCUAGUCCAACUAGACGGCCCUAUAGGAGGAGUCUAAGUCCUAUAGCUUCGCUAAGACCCAGUUCAAUUGGUCCAACUAAGAGAAAAAUGGAAAUAGAUAGCCAAUACGAAAACUGGUGUAGUCCGAAUAAAAGAAUGUCUUUUGGUUCUGCUAAUCAAUAUACACCAGAGAGACAAGAUUCAACGGGUAAUUUCACUCGAAGGAAUUCAUCAACACCCAGUAGCGCCGAGUGUGAGGAACCGAUGUGCCAAUCUUCAUAUAUAUUUCGUCCAGUCCGAAAUUCCACGGAAUCAGUAUCAAGUGACUCUGAGUCUGUUUUAAGUCCUAUCAGAUAUUGCACCCCUUUUAAUCUCUCUCCUCUCGUUACUCCUGUCAAUGGUACGCCACUAAGACAAACUACCGAAAAUUGCGAUGCCACUUGA